AUGACUUUAAUGAAUGGAAGAAGUCUAACUAUCAAAGGAGGAAAUACUAUACAUUUUUGUAAGCGGAACUAUUUGUCGAUGAAUCCAAUCUGCAAUCGUUUCAAUAUGUCUCGAGCAAGGAUUUUGAACCAGAAAUUCAAAAGCACAUUAGCUUCCAACUCUUCUUCAGGAUCUAUUUUAAUGGAAAGUAAAUUAGGAGCCAGGGUUCUGACGUUAAACCGACCAGAAAAGCUGAAUGCGAUUAAUCUAGAAAUGGCUAAUUCGCUUCAUUCCAAACUCGUAAAGUUGGAGCAAUCAGAAUUAGCAAAAGUCAUAAUUCUUAAGGGAAAUGGUCGAGCAUUUAGCUCUGGUGGUGAUGUGAAAGAGGCAGCCAUUGGUAUAAAGCAAGGGGAGUUAGCCCGCACACGAAAAGCAUUCACAGAAGAGUACCGCUUAUGCCAUACAAUUGCUACAUACAACAAGCCAAUAGUGGCAUUCAUGAAUGGAAUCACAAUGGGUGGGGGUGCUGGCUUAGCCAUGCACACUCCUUUUCGAAUUGCCUGUGAAGACACUAAAUUUGCUAUGCCUGAAACUACUAUAGGCUACUUUCCCGAUGUUGGCUCUAGCUUUUUCUUUAAUCGUAUGCCGUUUCACAUUGGAAAAUACCUUGCUUUUACGUCCAAGGUGGUCAAUGGGGAAGACUGUGUGCCAUUGGGAAUUGCAACACAUUUUGUGCCCAAGCACAUGCUUGGAGAACUUGAGCAAAGGCUUGCCGAUUUGAACACUUCUGAUAUCGUUAAGAUUGGAGACACAAUUGAUGAAUUCGGCGGUGAACUUCCUCGGUCUUCCUCUUUAUUGAAUGUUCAGAAUCUUCAAGCUAUUGAUAGAUGCUUUAAAUAUCACGAUCAAGUCAGUAUCAUCCGCGCACUUAAGGAAGAAACUCAGUCCGAUUGGGCCUCUGAAUUCGCCAAGGAAACUCUGGAGACUUUACUCAAAAAGUCGCCUCUCUCUUUAGCUGUAACAAAUAGUCUCAUCGAACGCGCUGGAAAGUGGACAAUUUCGGAAGCCUUAAUGCAUGACCAAAUUGUUUCUUAUCACAUGCUCAAUCAACCCGACUUCUUGAUUGGUGUGGAUGCACAGCUCAUCGCCAAGACUAGAAAUCCCAAAUGGUCUUAUUCUUGGGAUCAUCAGUUUGGAGAUUUGGAAAACAUUUAUAGUGUUCCUGAGGAAUAUAAAAAUGGUGUCCCAUAUCACGCGAAGGAAAGAUCCCAUUCCAGUUCAUGGGAUUAUAACAAAUAUCCACAUGCCUAUGAGGAUUCUAAACCAUAUGAUUAG